AAUGAAAGCUUUCCUUUUAGUAUGCCUUAUCGCCACAUCAAUGAUGGUAAAUGCAAUUGAAAUCCCUAAAGAUUAAGUCUUAAGUGGAUAAUCAGAUUCCCCUAGUUUCCUUCACGUUUAAACUUUCCAAGCUUGCCAAUAUUGUUGUGGUGGAAAAUGCUGUUUAUCCCCUGCUAAUUGUGUUAAAGGAGUUUGUAAUAAUGUCGUAGCACCUACCUGUGUGCAAGGAUGAU